UUUUCUUCUUUGUGUUUGAUAAAUAGAGUACAUCCUUCGAAUUUUUAAUUAAGGAUUCAAUUGAAGCUCCAAUUAUCUUAAAUUCUCUCUGUAACAAUUCACCACUGUUUCUCUCUCUCUCUCUCUUGCACCCACAUGACAGUGGUUAAAUCAAAACUGCCUUCACAUCUCUUUUCCCGCUCUCUUACUUUUGAAGCAGCUCAUCCAUUUUCUGAUCAUUCAAAAGAGCCACUCACACGCAAACUCCUUUAUCUCUUGAAGAAAUGCAAAUCUCCCAAAUCCUUGAAACAAAUCCAUUCUCACAUGAUCAUCAACUCCAUAGAAGAACAUAAUUUCCUUUUGACGAAACUGGUUGAGCUCAAAGAUAUUUCUUAUGCUUUGCUCCUCUUUUCUCAAAUCCCUGAGCCUAACAACUUCGCAUACAAUGUCAUGAUUCGAGGUCUGGCUAACAAAUGGCACUCCCUUACACUUCAAUUCUAUUACCAAAUGAAGUUCUCUGGUCAGAAACCGAAUAAGUUCACCUACCCUUUUCUACUAAUCUCGUGUGCAAAUCUCCAGUCAUUAGAUCAAGGGAGGAUGGCUCACUCAUUGAUUUUCAAAACUGGGUUGGAUGCUGAUAGUCAUGUCCGCCAUUCUUUGAUCACAAUGUAUUCUAGGUGUGGUGAAUUGGGUAAUGCACGGAGGGUUUUUGAUGAAAUUGCUGAAAGGGACUUGGUCUCCUGGAAUUCAAUGAUAUCAGGGUACUCAAAGAUGGGUUUUGCUGGGGAGGCUGUGAGGUUAUUUAGGAGGAUGAGGUUGGCAGGUUUUGAGCCUAAUGAAAUUACUUUAGUUAGUGUUCUUGGAGCAUGUGGGGACUUGGGUGAUUUGAGUUUGGGGAAGUGGGUUGAGGUGUUUAUGGAGGAAAGUACAGUUGGGUUGACUUCAUUCCUAGGGAAUUCACUAAUUGAUAUGUAUGGGAAGUGUGGGGACUUAAAUUCAGCACGAAGAGUUUUUAAUAAAAUGCACAAGAAAGAUGUAGUCACAUGGAAUUCCAUGAUAACAGGAUAUGCACAAAAUGGGGCUUCAGAUCAAGCAAUCUUGCUAUUCCGUGACAUGAAAGCAGCAGCUGUGGACCCAACUAAGAUCACAUUGAUAGGUGUUCUAUCAGCAUGUGCCUCCAUAGGGGCCCUUGACAUAGGAAAAUGGGUAGAUGCAUAUGCUUCUGAAAAGGGCUUAAAACAUGAUAUAUACAUUGGCACAGGUUUAAUUGAUAUGUAUGCCAAGUGUGGGAGCUUAGACCAUGCACUAAGAAUCUUUGCAGACAUGCCUAAUAAAAAUGUGGUCACUUGGAAUGCCAUGAUCUCUGCCCUUGCUCUUCAUGGGCAGGCCUGGGAAGCCAUAUCACUAUUUAAGUGCAUGGUGGAGGUUGUGGAGGUCUAUCCAGAUGAGAUAACAUUUGUUGGUGUGCUUUCUGCAUGUGUGCAUGCUGGUUUGGUUGAUGAGGGUCAUUGGUGGUUUGAUUUGAUGGAGCCAGCUUUUGCAGUGGCCCCAGCAAUUGAGCACUACUCUUGCAUGGUUGAUCUUUUGGCACGUGCUGGACGUUUGCAUGAAUCAUGGGAGUUCAUAGAGAGGAUGCCUGAAAAGCCUGAUGCAGUCACCUUAGGGGCACUUCUUAGUGCCUGUAGGAAUCUUGGCAAUGCAGAGGUUGGUGAACGGGCGAUGCAACUACUUCUAGAAAUUGAGCCGUCAAACUCAGGAAACUAUAUUAUCUCAUCAAAGAUAUAUUCAAAUUCAAAGAAGUGGGAUGAUUCUGCAAGGAUGAGAGGAUUGAUGAGGGAGAGGGGUGUCAAUAAGACUCCUGGUUGUAGCUGGGUAGAGAUUGAGGAUCAAGUUCAUCAAUUUCAUGCUGGUGAGGAUUUGCACCUUCAAUCAGAAGCCUUUUACCAAGUUGUUAGCUUGUUAAAUAAGGAGCUGAAGAUGGAGGGAUAUAUUCCAAAGGUUGAUCUUUCAUAGAAAUGGAGAGUUUCUCUUUCCUCUUAACUGUGCUUGGCAACUGCAAAAGAAAAAUGCUUAUAGUUGGAAUUACAUAUUUAUGUGGAAUAGGGAAACAAUUUUAUCAUCUUUCCAACAGGUGCAUGGCUCAGGGUUGUUUUCUAUUUUGAAAAGUUAACCACCUAGAUGUUUUGAAUUGGUACAUAAGAGGUAAUGGUUGAUUGGCAGAAAACUCCUCAUCUAUAUAUCUAUCUAACUCUAGUUUCAUUUUGUCAAUUUCUUUUGGGGUACUGGGCAUUCAUCUUAUAGGUUUGGACUUUUGUAAUGGUUGAUUGGCAGAAAACUCAUCAUCUAUAUAUCUAUCUAACUCUAGUUUCUUUCUUUUUUUUUCUUUUUUUUUUUUCAAUUAUUUUUUGGGGUGCUGGGCAUUCAUCUUAUAGGUUUGCACUUUUUUAGUCUGUGUUUGGUAUGCGUUCCCAUUCUUACUCUUAACUGAGAAUGAGAACACUGUUUGGAUAUAUGUUCGGCUAAAAUUGAUUCUUGAUUAUAGAAUACUCAAGCAUUUCAUCACACACCUCAUGGGAAAAAUUUGUUGGUCGCCCAUUGUUCAUGCCAUGUUAUAUUUGUCCCUGACCCUGUGACUCGGAAACGUGAUCAUUCCAGACUCGCAGUGAUAUCUCAGCCCCGCAAUUCAGGAAAUAACUGCAAGUGCAUAAUCCAAGAACUAACAUCUCACAGAGCAGGGAUAGUAAGCUGUGUCACUCUGUUCCGGGUGGGUCCGAAGGUGGGGAUCUGAGGCAUUCUCUUCAGCAUCACCACCAUAGUCGGAUGAUGGUAAAUCAUAAAAUUGGCAUCCCAAGGGCUCGUGAAGACCAUGAGAUCAGCCGUGCUUCUCCUCAAGAUUGCUUUCCAAAUUCACACUCCGACGCCCUUGAAUGUCGAAGUGAGUGAGGGACUGACAUAUGGUCAGAUGGUGUCGAGAUAGUCAGAUAGAAGAGGAGAGCAGCAAGUUUAAGGAAGCAAAUGCAUUGAACAUGCUGUUGCAGACUAGGUUGGAGAGUAGAGGUGUAAGGCAGCCUCUAGACCCCUCCACCCAACAGAAGCGGAGCUUUGAGCCACCUCUCUUGAGAAUGUGAGCUGUGUGGGUGUGGAUGGUACGCCUUUGCCAGUGGGUGGUGAUGGUGAUGGGCUAGUGCAGAAAAAACAACAGCAAGAGUGAGAUGAGAAGAAAUAUUACAACUAUCAAAACCAUCUCUGCUGUCCGGUGACAACAAUGGUGAUGUGGAUCAUGUCAUUGGGUGGAGAGAGGAGCAGCUGGAUGCAAGGAAGCUCUUGAGAUAGCUUUUACGAUCUGGAGGGAGUCACCAUGAGAGUUUUACUGGUUGAACUGAACUAAGAAACCGAAGACCUACUAUGAAACACAAUCCCAUCCAUCCAGCUGUUGAAGUUUUAACUCAGCAUCAAUGAAAUGAAAACCAUCAUGAACGAGAACACAGAAUGGGUUUUAUCCCCAUUCCAGAAUGACACCCAUUGCUGCCCCCAUUCUAAGAAUUCAGAAUGAGAACAUAGGCAAAAAAUUUCUUUUCAUUUGGACCAUCAAAAAUUAGCUUGCUUGUUAUUGCUCAUAUCUUGCCGCCUUUAGAUGGAUAGGCAGUAGGUACGUUACAUUGUUUUAUAUAAUGAAGUAUGCCUGUUAUAUGGUUGGCAGAUGAAUGACUA